AUGGCCCACUUGAUUGAGGAAGAGGUAGUGGGCAAAGAUUUGGAGAAAAUGAAACAGAAAUUGGAGCAAGACCUAGAGGAGGAACUACCCUCCAUUGUGGAAAUGAAGAACGUAUGUGAUCAGUACCGUAAAUGUAAAGAUUGCCUGGUGUCCUACAAAGUAAAAGAAGAUGUCACCCAUAAAUGCUUGCAUGCCAAAUGUAAACAUUGCCUGGAAUUUGUUCAUAUCUAUGACCAUCAAUGUUUUAUCACGUCCGAGGAAGAGAAACAAUUUAAAAGGACGCUUCAGGAGUUACGAAGGCAGAAAAAGAAAAAAAGGAACAGUCAUUGGGGAUGA